UCAAGUCAACCAAAACAGAAAUAGAAGCACAGACGGACUUCCAGUCGUUUGGGCAGAGACAGUCAUAAACUCAUAAUCGUUUCUUCAAUCACUGGCGAGGUGAGGACGAAAUCGCCAUUACUGGCUUGCUGCGAUCCUUAGAUUGGAGCAGUUUUUCAGGAGUUGUUUUGAAUGAUAUAUUAACUUGAUAAGUUACAUGGUUGUAAAGCCUGAGCCAAUGUCGGAGGAUAAUCAAGAACCGGUUGAUGUUGAUGCCUCUGCAUCUCUUCCUUCAUCAUCAGCUCCUCGGUGGAAGCAUGAUGUGUUUUUGAGUUUCAGGGGUGCAGACGCUCGCAAGGGUAUUGCAUUUGAGUUAUACGAUCGACUGCAGAACAGGAGAGGAAUCAAAACAUUCAUGGAUGACCAUGACCUUCAAGUAGGGGAUGUUAUUUCUCCCACUCUCCUAACGGCAAUUAAAGAAUCAAGGUUUGCAAUUAUUGUUCUCUCUCAAAACUACGCCUCUUCCACUUGGUGUUUGGAGGAACUUAGAAACAUCUGUGAGUGCAUGGAAGAAGACAACAAUAGAAUUCUGCCACUUUUUUAUUAUGUGGAUCCUACUGAUGUACGAUAUCAGAAGAGGAGUUUCGGAGAUGCUUUUACUAGGCAUGAAAAAUCACAGCGACACAGAUCAGAGAAGGUGCAGCAGUGGAGAGAUGCUUUAAAAAAAGUGGCAAAUUUCUCUGGAUGGCAUACACUGAAUUAUAAAACUGAAAGAGAACUUUUGGAUGCCAUUGAGGAAUCUGUGUCCAAUAAAUUACGACCUACUGAACUUGAGUUUAAAAUGUCCAUUGGAGGUUUUGAAGAAUUUGCAGCAACAAAACAAGCCAUUGAUGAGGUUAUGAAUGCACUAAAAGAUGAUGAGGCCACUACCAUUGGAGUCUACAGAAUGGGGGGCGUUGGAAAGACGACAAUGGUGAAAUAUGUGGGAGCACAAGCCCAAAAAAGUAGGCUUUUUAAUCAAGUGAUUAUGGCUGUCGUAUCCCAAAACCCCGACUUGAUGAAAAUUCAAGAGACAUUUGCCGAACUGCUGGGCUUUAAAUUGGAGGAGAAGACAGAAAUUGGAAGAUCCAUUAAAUUGAAGGAUAAGAUAAUGAGAGGAACUGGGAUCCUCAUAAUCUUGGAUGACAUUUGGAAGAGAAUAGACUUUUCAGACAUUGGAAUUCCGAGCCACAACGAACUUCAAAAAUGCAAUUCCAAAGUCCUACUGACCACCAGAAAAUCGAGAGUUUGUAAUACCAUGAAGAGCCAUGCAAAAAUUCAUCUCAAUACCUUAUCAGAAGAAGAUGCUCGGAGCUUAUUUGUGAAGGAAGCAGGGAAGUCUUUUGACAAAUCUUCCAAUUUCUAUGAUGUAGCGAGUGAGGUGGCAAGAGAAUGCGCCGGUCUACCGGUUGCUUUGGUAGCAGUUGCGAGGGCCCUUCGAGAUGAAGGUUUGGACGGAUGGAAACAAGCUGCUCGACGACUAAAAGCGUCUCAACCUCCCAUCCCUGAAGAUGAGGGCGAUGUGUUCAAAUGCAUAAAGUUAAGCUAUGAUUACUUGAAAUCUAAUGAUUCCAAAUCAUGCUUCUUGCUUUGCUGCCUGUUCCCAGAAGAUUAUGAUAUCCCAAUUGACUACCUGUUCAAGUAUGGAGUUGGGAAAGGGAUGUUUCAAGAUUCAAACUUGCUAGAUGCCCGAGCCACAACAUAUUUAGUGGUGAAGGCCCUUAAAGAUUCUAGCUUGCUUUUGGACGCUGAAGAUGACAGAUGCGUAAAGAUGCAUGAUGUCAUUCGGGAUAUGGCAAUCUCAAUUUCGUUAUCGGAAGGCCAGCGGGUCUUGGUGAAAGCUGGCUGUGAAUUGAAGAAUUGGCCACAGAUUGAUGCACAUAAAGGCUACUCUGGAAUCUCACUAAUGGUGAACAAAAUUUGCAAGCUACCCCAAGAGUUGGUAUGUCCAAAUCUCCAGAUUUUAUUACUGCAACACAAUGCUUCAUUAAAUGAUAUCCCAAACUCUUUCUUCCAAAGUCAGAAAGAAUUAAGGGUCUUAGAUCUUAGCCGCACUGGUAUUUCAUUACUACCGCAAUCAAUCAAUUUCCUAACCAAUCUUCAAGCUUUGUAUUUAGAUCAUUGCAACAGCAUAAUUGACAUUUCUGUAAUCGGAAAACUUAACAAGCUUGAGAUUCUUAGUAUGAGAGGAAUUGCUCUGAGAGAAUUUCCAAGAGAAAUAGGACAAUUGACCAAUCUAAGGAUGUUAGAUGUCAGUGCUGAAUUUAAUCCACGGACACAGAGAUUUGAUGGACGUAUUGCCACACUUCCAUCUGAAGUGAUAUCAAAGUUGCAUAGAUUAGAAGAACUGUACAUGCAAUGUACAUUUUCGGACUGGAGGAGUAACAUUGAUGGAGAAGGGGAUGGAUUCUCCGAGAGCUUGGAGAGUGAUACUGAUGGAGAAGGGGAAGAAACUAAUAUUGGCUUUGAUGAAUUAGUUGGUUUAUCAUAUUUAAGCAUUCUGAAAGUUUGCAUAUCAGAUGGAAAUUGCAUCCCUAGAAGUAUUGAGGUUGAACCGAAUUGGGUUUACUUCAGUAUUAGUAUUGGCAGCUGCAAUGAUAUAGCGAGACAUAGUAAGAACAUUCCAUCCGGUCAUAAUUUUAGAUCCUUGAGUCUUGAUAGUACUGACACAACCAUAGGAACCUUUCCAGACUGGUUUGUCAACGCUGUUGUAAAGAAUACUGAGGGGCUACAGUAUAAAGACUGCAGAGGGUUAAGUAACAUUCUUGUGGAAUAUGACCAUGGGAGGUUACAUGGACUGAAAGUUCUCUCUGUAAUUGGUCGCUGUGAGAACCUGAAAGAGUUGAUGAACGCCAUAACAUGUGUUCCUGAUAAGCCUGUGUUUGAGAACAUGGAAGAGUUGCAUCUGCAAGAGCUGAAUGACCUGGAGGAGUUAUGUGUUGGUGAGUUACCAGCUGGAUCUCUCUGGAGUCUGAAAUUACUGAAGGUCAGUCGGUGUCCUAAUUUGGGAAAUGUACUGUUGCCAUCAAAAUUGUUGCAGAAACUACCAAAUCUGGAAAAACUAAUCUGUGAGACAAGUGGAGUGGAAUAUAUUUUUGGAUGUGAAGGAUUUGAGCCGGAUCAAACAAAUCUGAGAGAGAUGGAGUUAUGGGAUCUAGAUGUAAUAAGAAGCAUAUGUAAUGGUCCUGCCCCACGUGGAAUGUUCCAGACUCUAAAGGAAUUGGCCAUAUAUAAUUGCAACUUCCAGGGAAGCCUCUUCACAUUUGAUGUCGCUCAGUGUCUUUUUCAAUUGGAAAAGCUUACUGUAGUCAAAUGCCCUCUGUUGGAAGGAGUAAUCGAAGCAAGGAGGGAAACAUUGAACAACAAGAAGACCGUUCUUCCAAAAUUGAAGAACUUACGUUUGCAUAGUCUUCCAAUGUUGUACAAGGGAAGUGCUACUAUUGAUUUUGAGUGUCCUUCAUUGGAAGACUUGCAUCUGCAGGACUGCCCCCACUUGUCAUUUCCAUCCUCUGCUUCUGCUUCUGACUACUUCCACAGCAGGAACCAAGUCCUUUUCAAUGAUAGGCGUCAUCGCGUUGAUUUAAUAACUAUACGGGCAGCCAAUUUAUUUAUGUACAAAAUGAAUGCACCGAAGUUGAAGAACACUUGAAGUUGUCCUUCAUUUGGAACAUUUGCAUGUGAGGAAUUGCCCCCAGUUUUCCUCUGCUUCUGAUUAUUUCUACAGCAAGUCCAAUAUUAUCAUCAACAAUUCAAGUUUAUGGGUUAAGGGGAAUCAAGAUAUCAAAUUGGCUCAUAUAAUUGAAAGUAUUGAAGGGGUGUAGAUGGAGUCUCAUGGCAAGUCACUCAAGAUAUAUGCACCAUACAUACUUUUGAUGCAAACAUUUGGUUUGUUGUUACUUUAAGUAGUGAAACUGAUAAGUCAUUCCAAAUUACAAGUUAUUGACUGCAGUUUCCGAGUCUACCCACCCCAGUAACAGAGGCAUUUAAUCUAGCUGACGAUAUUCUACGACAAGGUGUUUGUGGUAUCUCUGAUAUAAUCACGUAUGUGAUCUUUAAAGAUGUUGUAAUUAUGACCUCUAUCUUGAUGUUAAGUACAGUAUAAUUAGACAAAAAAAGGAAAGCAAAGAAAAAAUUUAAAAGGAAAAUGAGAAUGAAUGCCGAUGUGUCCUAUCAGGAAAUAACCUUCUACUUCUUUGUUCAUAUACUACAUCCAGUAAGAGUGCUUGACAGUCUCUAAGAUAGGCAUCUCAAUGCUUUCUCUAAUCUGUACAUCGUAAGGACUCCUGUAGUUCUGUAUGAUUACUUAUUACUCUUUUCAUGGCUUAAAUAUUAUUAUUCUUAAAAGGAUUUAUAGUA